UAGUCAGUUUUCCAUUGGACAAGAAAAUGAAUAUACAGUCAGAAAGUAGCAAACUCCUGCAUCAUUACCAGCUUGGAUACCUAAAGAAUUGAUGCUAUACAUUUUCCAUGGAUAUGACUAAUAGUUUAUCUGCAAGACAGAAUUCAGAGCUGUGCUUCGAAAACGUUAGUUACUAUGUCAGUUUCGCACAUUUUGAGGAGGACACCUGCCAAGAGAAAUGUCAUAAUGUGACAAUGACAGUAGCUCGUGUGAGUUAGUUAGCUAGCAGCGUGCAGUCGAAUUUAGCAUUAGCUAGCGUUUAUUUUGGCGGCUAGAGCGACGGCACACGAAAACCAUACGCGAGAUACUAGAAUAAAAUAAUGUUUUUUUUCCCACAUUGAGAAGCGCAACAUUUUGCAGGAAACCCUUCCUUUGCUUCCCGUGACGCUUUUUUGUUCGAUCCAUAUCGAUUACAGCUGGGAGAAGAGACAAGUCUGAAAAUGUCAUAGCUAAACGAAAGGAAUACACAACAGACCAAACGCGCAGCAGCUAGCUGUGCUAGCUGGCUAAUUAGACCAGAAACGAUGGCUCGCUAGCUAGUAUCAACUUCGUGGCUUGCUAACUCGUGGUCAUAUUUCAGUAGUAGAGCUAACGUUAGCUAGUUUUAAACGCCGUAGUUUGCGCAAGCUAAGUCGUGAAGUUCGUAAACGUUAAAACAUUUAAAAAUGGUCUGUAACUUCAUUUAUUUCCUUAGCGAAUCAGUUAAUCAGGACACCAAAGAAACUCAAGGAAUUGUUAACGUUAAUGUUACCUUUACAUUCGCAACUGGCAAAAAUUUCUGUUGAGAAUGCAAGCAAAAUCUACCUAGAUUAACUACCUUGCCUUGUUAUCUUAAACUGUCUUGCCUCAUCAUUAAGGAACAUCUCGAAAUGUUAGUUCGUUUUCCAAAUUCUUGCUUGAUUUUGCUGGCUAGUUCGUUUGAAUAGCAAACUAAAUUAGCAAUUUACAGCUAUUUGCAUUUGUCUGAACCAAAGCAUUUGACAAAGGUAUCCAACGUUAGCUUUUUCCAGCCACCAACAAAUGCAAUUUAACUUUAGUUUAUUUGCUAGUUAGCUAGCUAGCUUUCUAGCCUUGAGAGAUAGAAUAGACGAACCGCCUUCUUCAGCAGAACCUUGGUAACAUUAACGUGGAUCUAUUAGCUGACGUUAGUUUAAACCACAAAUAGAAAAAUGAAGAGGACAGAAAAUAAAAUCAAAAGAAAAUUCUGCAAUUCCGACCAGCAGGGAAGCGGGACCGAAGAAAAAGAUGCGAAGGAGUUUGCGGCGCCUCCUCCCCUGCUGUUCCGGAAGCUCAGUAACCCGGACCUGUCUCCGGCGGCGGGGAAGACCAAGCUGCAGCGGCAGCUGAGCCAGGACGACACCCGCGCACGCCGCAGCAGCAUGGCCAGCGGGCUGACCGGGAAGCAGCUCUUGCCCCUGUCCAGCAGCAUGCACAGUGGGGUCAGCCAGCUGGCCUGGCAACAGCCCGGGGAGCCCAACAACAUGGUGCGCAUGAGGAACCAGGCCCUGGGCCAAUCAGCACCCUCGCUUACUGCAGGACUGAAGGAGCUGAGUCUUCCCAGAAGAGGCAGUUUCUGUCGGACCAGCAACCGCAAGAGUCUGAUUGUGACGUCCAGCACCUCGCCCACCCUGCCCCGCCCUCACUCGCCACUGCACGGUCACCCAGGGAGCAGCCCGUUGGACAGCCCCCGGAACUUUUCCCCCAACACCGCGGCCCACUUCUCUUUUGUCCCCGCACGCAGUCACGGGCACAGGGCAGACAGGACCGAUGGUCGGCGCUGGUCUCUGGCCUCCCUGCCCUCCUCUGGAUAUGGCACCAACACGCCCAGCUCCACAGUUUCGUCAUCAUGUUCAUCCCAGGAGAAGCUGCACCAGCUGCCGUUCCAGCCCACGGCCGACGAGCUGCACUUUCUCACCAAGCACUUCAGCUCCGAGAGCAUCACGGACGAGGAGGGCCGCCGCUCCCCCGCCAUGCGCCCCCGCUCCCGCAGCCUCAGCCCCGGACGCUCGCCCAUCUCCUUCGACCAUGAGAUCGUCAUGAUGAACCAUGUCUACAAAGAGCGUUUCCCGAAGGCUACGGCUCAAAUGGAGGACCGCCUGGCGGACUUCCUGGCCUCCUCCAUGCCGGAGAAGGUGAUGCCCCUGGCCGACGGGGUCCUCAGCUUCAUCCACCACCAGGUGAUCGAGCUGUCCCGUGACUGCCUGGACAAGUCCCGCGAGGGCCUCAUCACCUCCCGCUACUUCUACGAGCUGCAGGAGAACCUGGAGAAGCUGCUGCAGGACGCACACGAGCGCUCGGAGAGUGCGGAGGUCACCUUCGUCACCCAGCUGGUCAAAAAGCUGAUGAUCGUCAUCGCAAGGCCGGCACGUCUGCUGGAGUGUCUGGAGUUCGACCCGGAGGAGUUCUACCACCUGCUGGAAGCUGCAGAGGGCCAUGCCAAAGAGGGCCAGGGCAUCAAGUCGGACAUCCCCCGCUACAUCAUCAGCCAGCUGGGGCUCACGCGGGAUCCCCUGGAGGAAAUGGCCCAGCUGAGCAGCUAUGACAGCGGAAACCCAGACACUCCGGAAACAGACGACUCUGCGGAUAGUCGCGGUGCUACAGUACAGCCCGUCCAGCCCAAACCCAAGACCCCGCGGGAGGAGGACUUUGAGAACAUCAAGCUCAUCAGCAACGGGGCCUACGGUGCGGUGUACCUGGUGCGGCACAGAGAGACCCGGCAGCGCUUCGCCAUGAAGAAGAUCAACAAGCAGAACCUGAUCCUGAGGAACCAGAUCCAGCAGGCCUUCGUGGAGCGAGACAUCCUCACCUUCGCAGAGAACCCCUUCGUGGUCAGCAUGUUCUGCUCCUUCGAGACCCGCAGACACCUCUGCAUGGUCAUGGAGUACGUGGAAGGUGGAGACUGUGCUACUCUGCUGAAGAGCAUCAGGGCUCUCCCUGUGGAUAUGGCGCGCAUGUACUUCGCUGAGACUGUCCUGGCACUGGAGUACCUGCACAACUAUGGCAUCGUCCAUAGAGACCUCAAACCUGACAAUCUUCUGAUCACCUCAAUGGGACACAUCAAGCUGACAGAUUUCGGCCUGUCUAAGAUCGGGCUGAUGAGCCUGACCACAAACCUCUACGAAGGGCACAUCGAGAAGGACGCACGCGAGUUCCUGGACAAACAGGUGUGCGGUACACCUGAGUACAUCGCCCCCGAGGUGAUUCUGCGGCAGGGCUACGGCAAGCCGGUGGACUGGUGGGCCAUGGGGGUGAUCCUGUACGAGUUCCUGGUGGGCUGUGCGCCAUUCUUUGGCGACACGCCAGAGGAGCUCUUCGGACAGGUCAUCAGCGAUGAGAUCAUCUGGCCAGAGGAGGACGAGGCCCUGCCCCACGACGCCCAAGACCUCAUAUCCAAACUGCUGCGGCAGAACCCCCUGGACCGCCUCGGAACAGGUAGCGCCUUUGAGGUGAAGCAGCACCGCUUCUUCACAGACCUGGACUGGAACAGCCUGCUGAGGCAGAAGGCCGAGUUCAUCCCCCAGCUGGAGUCUGAGGACGACACCAGCUACUUCGACACUCGCUCAGACCGGUAUCAGCAUGUGGACUCUGAAGAGGAAGAGGACACUAACGAUGACGAGCAUGUGGAGAUCCGCCAGUUCUCCUCCUGCUCGCCACGAUUCAGCAAGGUGUACAGCAGUAUGGAGCGCCUGUCUCUCCACGAGGAGAAGAGGACGCCUCCACCCACCAAACGCAGCCUGAGUGAGGAGGGCAGCGACCGCAUCGACAGCCUCAGCGGCCUCCGCUCACGUGACCGCAGCUGGAUGGUGGGCUCCCCCGAAAUCCUGCGGAAGCGUCUCUCCGUGUCCGAGUCGUCUCACACGGAGAGCGACUCCAGCCCCCCUCUGACCGUGCGCCGGCGCUGCUGCUCCGCCAUCAUCGAGAUGCCCCGCUUCGCCAUCUCCGCCGAGGAGGAGGGGGGCAGCAGCAGGAAGAGCCCCGCCCUGUUGCCCCAGACUACCCCCAGGGGCCCCCGGGGCGAGGAGCUGCCCCUGUCCAUCCCAGAGCUGCCUGUGGAGAGGGAGCUGAAGCUGGACGAGUCCCCCACCACGCCCGGCUCCACCAGCAGCCAGCUCAGCAGAGCCACCAUCACCCCGGGCAGCUCGGGGGACGUGUGGGAGCGUGCGACUCCCCGCAGCGGCGAAGGGGCCGACAGCUCCACCCCCAAAGCCAUCAGCGACCUGGCGGCACGCCGCGCACGGCACCGGCUGCUCUCGGGCGAGUCGGUGGAGAAGCACACCUCCCGACCCCUCAACAAGGUCAUCAAGUCCGCCUCAGCCACCACGCUGUCGCUCAUGAUCCCCGCAGACCACCACGGAGCCUCGCCCCUGGCCAGCCCCAUGUCGCCCCACUCCCUCUCCUCCAACCCCUCCUCCCGGGACUCGUCCCCCAGCCGCGACCUCUCCCCCGCUAUCUGCAACCCCAAACCCGCCAUCAUCAUCCACCGCGCCGGCAAGAAGUACGGCUUCACCCUGAGGGCCAUCCGCGUGUACAUGGGCGACACGGACAUCUACACCGUGCACCACAUGGUCUGGCACGUGGAGCAGGGCGGGCCUGCGCAUGACGCAGGACUGAGGGAGGGUGACCUCAUCACACACGUGAAUGGGGAGCCUGUGCACGGCCUGGUGCACACGGAGGUGGUGGAGCUCAUCCUGAAGAGUGGCAGUAAGGUGUCCAUCUCAGCCACGCCCUUUGAGAACACCUCCAUCAAAGUGGGCCCUGCCAGGAAGUCCAGCUACAAGUCCAAAAUGGCUCGCCGCAACAAGAAGACCAAGACGAAGGAGGGUCAGGACUCCAGCAGUAAGAAGAGGAACUCUCUGUUUCGGAAGAUCACUAAGCAGGCCUCCCUCCUGCACACCAGCCGCAGUCUCUCCUCCCUCAACCGCUCCCUGUCCUCUGGGGAGAGCGUCCCUGGGUCCCCCACACACAACCUGUCCCCACGCUCCCCCACACAGGGCUACCGCUCCACCCCCGACUCCACACACUCUGUGGGAGGGAACUCGUCCCAGAGCAGCUCCCCCAGCUCCAGUGUGCCCAACUCCCCGGCCAGCUCCGGCCACAUCCGGCCCAGCUCCCUGCACGGCCUGGCCCCCAAGCUGCAGCGCCAGUACCGCUCCCCCCGCCGCAAGUCUGCCGGGAACAUCCCGCUGUCCCCGCUGGCCCGCACGCCCUCGCCCACGCCCCAGAGCACCUCCCCCCAGCGCUCCCCCUCCCCCCUGCCCGGCCACGCCCUGGGCUCCUGCUUCCCCGUCAAGCUGCACUCCUCCCCGCCCCUGGUGCGGCAGAUCUCCCGGCCCAAGAGCGCCGAGCCGCCCCGCUCCCCGCUGCUCAAGCGCGUGCAGUCGGCCGAGAAGCUGGCGUCCUCCCUCUCCUCCUCCUCCUCCUCUCCCUCGCCUUCCUCCUCCGCCUCCGACAAGAAGCUCCCGGCCGCCUCGCGCAAGCACAGCCUGGACGUCUCUCACGCCGAGUUCAAGAAGGAGAUGAUGCAGCGGGACCCGGGCCUGCAGAGCCUGCAGGAGUCGGCCAGCGAGGGCGGGGGCCUGGGCGGCCUGCAGAAGCACCAGUCCCGCAAGCUGGGCCGGCAGGAGGGGCCCGACGGGGGCCCGGGGCCGCUGGGCCUGGCCCAGGGGAAGAGCAAGCUGAAGGACAAGCUGUCGGCCAUCCGGCAGGACCGCGCGGAGCGCAGGGAGUCGCUGCAGAAGCAGGACGCCAUCCACGAGGUGGACUCGUCCGAGGACGAGACGGACGAGGGGUCGGAGGACAGCCAGGACGGCCGCCGGCUGGGCUGCUGGGGCCAGGGCCGCCUGAAGGGCAAGGAGGAGGAGCCGUUCGUGCCCCCGCCCUCCGUGCUCCGGCCCGCCCCCACCCUGCGGGCCGGCCCCGCCCUGUCCCUGUCUCCCGCGCAGGCGUACUGCGGAGCCGCGCUGAGGCAGACGCAGGGCGUGUCUCCCGCUCCGCUGGGGAAGCCGGCCCAGACCGCCGCGCCCGCCAGCAGCCCCACGCUCGCCCAGGAGGCGGGGGUAAAGGGCGGGAAGGGGCUGGAGGCGUCGCCCGCCGCUAAAAGCGCUCCCUUCCCACCGGGGCUCCAGGCCAAGCUGCCUGCUGCGUUCUCCACCCCCGGCAGCGCCUUCACCUCCGUCAGCAAGGACCCCUUCCUGAAGCCCGCAGCCGACUGGAAGACCCCCAAACUGCCAGAGCUGAGGGGGAAGAGCGUCACCAUGGCGACGGGGGAGGACAAGACCCCCAAACCCAGCCCUGCGUCCGAGGCCAAGCUCAGCGCCCCGCCCUUGGACUCGCCCACCACACCGGGGACCAGUAAGGAGAAGAAGGAGGCGGACAACAGGAGGCAGGCGAUGACCGCCGCGGCCUCUCCCGCCACGCCCGAGAGCGGGGUGGACAAGGUGGUGUCCCAGCUAGCCACCGUGGCUAAGAGCGUGCUCGGGCCGGUCAAAAUGAGUAUCCCGGGGGCCAAGGAGACUUUGGACAGGCUCACCGACCCCCAGCACCCAAAGAGCAAGGAGCAGGACAAGCCCGUCGCCCCGGCGACAGGCCCCGCCCCUCCCCUGGCGACGACCCCCAGGCUGCCGAGCCCUCAGCCCCCACGCCUGACAGAGUCACCCCCCAGACACUCCCCCUCCAAAACUGAGCCGCCCGCUUCCCCGGCCAGGGCCCCGGACCCCGCGGGGGACAGGAAGAGGCCCACGCCGGGGAAAGACUGCACCCAGCCGACCGCGGAGCCGGCCGAGAGGGCGGGGGCCCCGCGCGGGGGCCAGAGGCAGGGGCCGCAGGCCGCGAAGAAGCAGGAGCCUCCGGCCCCGCCCAAACCCACGGCCGCCCCACAGGACAAAGCCUGCAGGAAAACGUAGCGUCACGGCACACGGACUACUGGCUCCAGAUUUUAAUUAAGGAAUGCAUGUUGGAGUAACAAACCAGGAGAAACUACACUGUUCACUAAUCCGAGGUAUUAGCUGUUUAAAAAAAAAAAAAAAACAUAAGAAGAGAAACCCAACUGUUCCAUUCCGGAUUGUUUGUGUUUUAUGUCUCAUAUCCCUAAUUAUAUCUGGACUAUGUUACGGUUUUUGGGUCAUCGAUUACUGUUGUUGUGACGUCAGAGUUUCUCUCUGCCAGAGACGGGGCUAGAAAUAAACAGCUUGGCUUUACUGGUCCGAUCAGCGAAAGCAGUCUUCUCACACUAACGAUCUUUCCAAACUACUCUGUCACGACUCUCCACUCCCAGGUUAGUUUCCGAGACCACUCGUGUGUUUCUAGCGGAUAGAACUGGUUGUGCCUUAAUGAAGACGAUAUUUCAUAUUCCAUCUGCAUGUUUUUUUCAGAGAGCAACUUCUGUGAAAAAAAAAAAAAAAAAGGAUGUAUCUCAGCAAUAAGUAGCGUAUGCUUAGCAAUUUGUAAAAAAUACAUCAAGUUUCUGAAAAACUUGUAUUGCCACUGUUCCAUCAGCACCAAGCAACGUAAUUACUUACUUCCAUUACCGCCUCGCGGUUUCACGCUGGUUUCACAUUGCAUCGACGGGCAGUUCAGAUUGAGUAGAACCGAGCUUAGGUUUGAAAGUGAUGGAAAAAGUAGACUAUUACAGGGGUUCCUUUGUGUGCAGUGCAUCAUAUUUGAAUGUCCUCAAACACAUUAGUGUUCCAUCUCCAUUCGCUCUCAUACCACAGUCAGAAUUUACUGUAUGUGACUUUUAGCUGGUAUCGUGUUAGGAACAUAGCCUAGCUGUGUCUAAUCUCACAGCAUGAUACACUUUUAGUAAUCUUUAUGUCGUGCUUUUGCUGAAAUAGUUGACCAAAAACAUAAAAUAUAAAAUUCCAUAUCCGUUUUGAUGGCCAGACAGCAGUGGAGGAAGUCUCUGCAGCCGUCUGGGGGAUGAACAAAAUGGCCGCCGUUAGUUUGUGAGGGACAACCUGGGUGGAGAGGCGCAGUGAUGGCUCUGUCAGCCUGAGUGCUCUUUUAGGCAGCGGGGGAGAGGAAGCUGGCGUCUGGGGCCCAUUACCUCAGCGGUGGCCCUGCGCUCCCACAGCCAAUUGUGGGGCUCCCUGCUCCCCACACAAUUAGCCCGAGUUCACACUCUCCAGCCCGGCCAUCAUUCUCUCCCUCAGUGUGAUGGAGCAGCAGGGCUGGCUGGGAGCAGUGUGGAGAACUGUGGAGACGGGCACCUGUAAAUCUGAGUAGAUGGACUGGCUCUGCUGAAUGAUGGCCUGACUGCUUACACUGCACAGAGAUACAGUAACUAUAGCCAAACAGUGUUAAAAACUGACUUUAGGCCCUCGUCUUUAUUUCUAGCCCCUGCUUUUUAUCGCCCACUUUAUUUCCCUGACAUUUUGUUGUUCUUUUAUAUCUGGACCAACUUGCUGUGUUCUUUUGUGAUUGGUUCUUAUUUUGUAUGGUUAGCAAACUUUAUACAUGUGUACAUAUGUGUGUUGGUGAAUGAGUGAAUGCGUCUGUACUAUAUGUGUGUGUAUAGUUACACAAUGCACACACGCAUACCCACAAUCUGUUCUUUGUGCUUUUUACCCUGUUGUGUUCAAAAGUGUGUGUAGCAGGAUCGCUCCUGUCACUCAGCCAGUUGCUUGCAGCCCUCUUUAAACGUGAGCAUUGGAAGGGCCCCCCAGGUUUUUGCACAUACCUUUUUUAAGUUUUUGGUCUAUUGAAAAGGUGUCUAGUCAGACCAUUGACAUUGUUAAGGUCCAGGCAUUGGCCUUUGCUGAACACCACUAUCAUAUUAUUUUUAGAAGAUGCCCUAUCUGACUGAACAUGGGACACCAGUCAGCUGUCCAGGUCAGUGCCCCUGUCGGCGUGGCCAGCGUACAAGGCUGAGUGCAGAGAAGCCCGACUGAUUGGCUGUGAGAGUGGGUGGAGUUAAAGAUCUCGUCAAUGAGAUGGGCAGGUGGAGGAAACCACGAUUGGCCACUUACAGGGGGUAAAGGUCGCACAGCCAAAGCUGGAAGCAGUAAAGGGCCGAGUCACGUACUUUCUGUCCGGCCCCAUCCCCAUAGCGAGCACUCCAGCCAGUAGCCCUUCAGUGUGUGAAAGUUCAGUCUAGCUGGUUUCAAAAAGCUCUCUGCACUCACAGUCCAACAGCAGCACCCAGCCUUCCGCUCUUCAACUCCUGUAGCAAUCCGCCAAGUUGUCAACAUUUCAGUCGCACUGAAUUUGUAAUGAAUUGACCAGUAUUUACAAUGAAGUGUUACACAGUUAUAGUUGCAUUCCAAAUCUGUUACGCACGUGUGUUGCAUCUAGCAUUUCAGUAACUCAUACCCCUCGCUCACUAUAUUUUAGAGGGACAUUGCUAUUGAUAGGUAUCGGUGAAAUCAAUCGAAUUGGGACAAAUCUGGGCUUAUCACUAUCCUGCAGCAUAAAUGUGAACUUCCACUUGCUUAGAUUUGGCCUCUUGAGUAAUUCACCUUUACUUGAAAUAAAUAUCAAGCGGGAAAGAGAUGCAUGAACCUGGCAAAUUGACAUGGAAACUUUGAAUGAGAUCGACUUUACUGGGAGACCAACUUUACUGCUGUUCUCACACAGUAUAUUUGCAGGACUAAUAUCUACCUGCUUCUCACUGGCUGUAGUCACAUUAUGAAGCUGAAAACUCACAUACGUCUCAGCAUAUGUGUUAUGGUUGAAUGUUUUUUCUUUUAUUUUACCUGGGGAAAUGUUGAGAAGGUCAGCUGAGGGAAGCAUUAUUAUUCAUGUUUUUAAAAAUGUGGUUCUGCUCCCUUUCGCAAAUGAGUCCAGCAGGCUUCUGAUAUAAGCUUAUGCUUGGUCACUGCUGGUCCACUCGAGACACACACACCCAUCAGUAUAUUGUCCAAUGUCCUGAAAAUGAGUCGGUCUACGACCCACACUUUCCCACUUCAGAAGACCAAAGCUCUGUAACGACUGUGUGGUGCCAGUGCAGCCCCGCCCCGACACGCAAACAGCCUUUCAAAAAAGUUUACAAGCGUGCUAGAGGAGUACAUGUGAUUUGUACAUACUGUGAGCUGUAUUUAUAUUUUGUCUAGUUUAGCAGAGUGUGAGAUUGAUUACCGUGUGUAGGUGUGACUUGCUGCGGGGAUCAUGGUUUACAGCCCCCUCUCAAAUUCGUGCUGGCAGUUCAGUCGCCGCAUGGCCUGCUGGGACUUGUAGUUGCAGGCGAAUGAAAUGAAAGUCCGUGGCACAAGGGGGCAAAGAAAAUGCCUCUGAUUACAAUCAGUCAAUGCGCACCAGUGUAUUUUAUGUGAAAAACUAAGUAUCUUGCGGGAUUCCAUGUUGUACCCCCUCCCCACCAAGUUGUACAGUGGCUGCUGUACAGUGCCACUGAAUUUGUGUCCAUGUGAAGAGGCACCCAGAGUGACUGAGGACUGCAGUUCUGUGGCUGAUGUCUCUGCCCAGCAGCAGAACUUUAGAUGGGAAGGUCUUGGGGCCUUCACCUUCCUCCUAGUCUCUUUCUACCACCCUGUGUUCUGUACCACACGCUAUACAGUGUGCAACGGCUGUUUUUCCCCUGUGGUUCUAUCUUGCUGUUAACUGAACGUAUCACACAUCAGCUGUUUCAUUGUAUAUAUCAGCGAUAAUGGUUUGCAGUGUUAGGGUGUAGAGACCAGUGCCAUAGACCUCUGAGCGCCAUCGAAGAGAGGGCUUGUGUUUGUGUGCCGUGUGUUUGUCUCUACAGGGGGAGGAGAUGCAGGCUUGUGUUUGUGUGCUGUAUGUGUGUUUGUCUCUACAGGGGGAGGAGAUGAGGGCUUGCGUUUGUGUGCUGUAUGUGUGUUUGUCUCUACAGGGGGAGGAGAUGAGGGCUUGUGUUUGUUUGCUGUAUGUGUGUUUGUCUCUACAGGGGGAGGAGAUGAGGGCUUGCGUUUGUGUGCUGUAUGUGUGUUUGUCUCUACAGGGGGAGGAGAUGAGGGCUUGCGUUUGUGUGCUGUAUGUGUGUUUCUUUACAGAGGGAGAGGAGAGGUGCAGCAGGGUUAGACACAAGGGUGGGGUGGUGGGGCCAAGGUGAGAGAAUUUGCUAGCGUGAAACCAGUGCAAUAUCUGUUCAUUUUAAUGUGGUAACUGCAUGUUGUUGUUAAGCUUCCCUUAUAAAUAAUAAAAGUUUUUAUGUAAAAGA